CCGGAGAACUUACAACGAGCUUGGCGUUAGUUCAAAGAUGGCGGCGUCCAUGUACGAUGUUACCGUUUCUUUACCGGACGGAAAAGAAGUUCAAUUACGCGUUAAUGAAGUCGUUUAUCGUCAGAUGAUGGAAGAUGUAAAUUAUGCCAGAGAAUUGGCUUUGACGACUCUUUCCACUGCUUCAGUUGGACCGAGUAUCCCUGCUGAGGAACCCUGUGGCUUCCAGUGGCCCAAAGCCAGGACAAUUCAACUAAUUUCCUUGUACAAUGAACACAGGGAGAAGUUUGAAUUACCCCAAUAUACAAAUAUUCAGGUUGUAGCCUACUGCUUGUCAAAUUAACAUUGUAA